GCUGAGCCCUGCUCCAGACCUCACCGUGGUCUCUCCAACUCCACAGGCUGGUUUAGGCGGCUCCUGCACAAGCCCAAGCCCAGCUCGGGGGAGAGCAGCCUCAGCAGCAGCCGCUCUGCUUCCUCCUCACCUUCCUCCUCCUCCUCCUCUGCCCAGAGCCUCAGCCGCCCCUCCGGCGCCAGCCCGAGCAGGGCCCCGCCGCCCGCGCCGGACAUCAGCGCCUCGGGCAGCGCCCGCUGGGCCAAGAGCUACGACCUCUGCAUCUGCCACAGCCAGGGGGACCUGGAGCUGGUGCUGGAGCUGGUGUCCUACCUGGAGGCGCAGCCCCAGGCCCUGCGCUGCUUCCUGGGGCUGCGGGACGCGGCGCCGGGGGGCGCGCUGCUGAGCGAGCUGUGCGACGCCGUGCGCGACAGCCACUGCUGGCUGCUGCUCAUCACCCCCGGCUUCCUGCGCGACCCCUGCUGCCACUUCCAGAUGCACCAGGCCCUGGCCGAGGCGCCCCUGGCCGCCGGCAGGGCCAUCCCCGUCCUCAAGGACGUGGACAGGAAGGACUACCCCAAGGAGCUGAGGAACCUCUACUACAUCUACAUGGCCCUGAAGGAGAGCGGCUUCAGGCAGAUCAGGGACACUGUAGUGCGCUACCUCCAGGAGCUGUGCCGGAGCUCCAGCAGCAGCUCAGAGUAGUGCUGGGAACCAUCUCCCCGGGUGCUGUGCUGCUCUCACCCCCAGUUCAGGAUGUGGCCACAUCUCAAUGGACCAUGGGGAAGAUGACAAGUUGCUUGGACCAGAGCUUGGAGCUGAAGACAAGAAGGUUACCACACCCAUGUGGACACAGUGGUGUGGAGCUGGUGAUGCCACCACUACCAUGCUGGUGCCAAAACUGCCUUGGUGCAGGUGGGGACAGCCUUCGGCAGGUCCAUGCUGCUCAUCAGGCAAACACUAAGCUCAGAGGGGCGAGGGCAGCCCCCCAGUAAGCUGACCUAGUGCCUGCUGCAUGGGCAGGAAGAGGAGGAACGUGGAUCUGGGGCUGUGAAGAUGCAGAAGUUCUGAUG